GCCUCUUUCCGCCAUGCGCGGCCACGCCUCUUGCCUUAUAAGGCGUGCUCCCGCCCACUCCCCUUCCCCGCUGCCGUCAAGCGCGGCGGUGUCGCGCCCGCGCGGGCUUUUCGCCGCGGCGAUGGCGGAGCCGGAGCAGGGGCCGGUGUCGGCUGAGGCGGUGCUGCGGGAGCUGGCGCUCUUCGAGCUGGGUUGCCAGGGCCAGGACGUGCCCGCCAAGCUGGUGGAGCUGUGCCUGACCCACGGGCUGGGCCCGGUGGCGUUGGCUAACGAGCUGCUGGCCUUCGUCACCAGCAAGGACCUCGGCACCCAGCUCUCCGCCGACGUCCUUGACGCCUUCGAGCACGAGCUCCUUGCCAAGCGGAGCAGCAGGGUCCCCCGGAAGAGGGACAACCGCUACAGUGGCCUUCACGACAUCCACUCCCUCCAGGAGCUCCUUGACGAGGAAGAAGAGGAUGAGCUGCUGGACGCCUACACCACGCCAUCCAAGGGUUCUCAAAAACGCAGCAAUUCCACCCCAGAAACCCCCCGGCCCAAGCGCACCCUCUCCUCCCGCAGCCCCUACGCACUUUUCUCUCCCAACAGCUUCUCCCCGAGUGUCACCCCCUCCCAAAAAUACACGUCGCGCAGCAGCCGGGGGGAGGUGGUGGCUUCCUUCGGCUCCGUCCAGGGUCCCUCCUGGAGCGGUCGCGGCGGCGCCGGUUGUACCCCUAAACUUUUCGGUGUCCCGGAAGAGAAUUUGACAAAAAGCUACAAAUUCAUGUUCCAGAAAGCACUUGACGUCCGGGAAGUGCUGUCAUGGAGGAUCGAGGAGCUUGGUGACGUGCUCAAGAACCACCAUCACCUGGAGGAAUUCGCCUCGGUGUUGCUCCCCGCGCAGGAACCGGUGACGGUGCUGGGCCAGAUCGGCUGUGACAGCAACGGGAAGCUCAACGCCAAAUCGGUGGUGCUGGAAGGGGACCGGGAACAUUCCUCAGGCGGCCAAAUCCCCCUCGACCUCUCGGAGCUGAAGGAAUAUUCCCUCUUUCCUGGUCAGAUCGUGGCGCUGGAGGGGACCAACAGCACUGGGAGGAUGAUGGUGGUCUCGAAGCUCUACGAGGGGGUGCCCCUUCCUUUCCACACGCCGACAGAGCCGGCCCCGGAGCAGAGGAUGGUGCUGGUGGCCUGCGGACCCUACACCACCUCCGACAGCAUCGCCUUUGACCCGCUCACUGACCUCAUCGAGGUGAUCGUCCGCGACCGCCCCGACGUCUGUGUGCUGUUCGGGCCGUUCCUGGAUGCCAAGCAUGAGCAAGUGGAGAACUGCCAGCUCCUGGGGUCCUUCGCCGAGGUCUUCAAGCUCUGCCUGAAGAUGAUAAUCGAGGGGACGAGAAGCGCCGGCUCCCAGCUCGUCUUCGUGCCCUCGCUGCGGGACGUGCACCACGACUACGUCUACCCGCAGCCGCCGUUCCUCUGCCCCGAGCUGCCCAAGGACGACAGACCGCGCGUGCACUUCGUGUCGGAGCCCUGCACCCUGGACGUCGACGGCGUCGUUUUGGGCCUGACCUCCACCGACCUGAUCUUCCACAUGAGUGUUGAGGAGAUCAGCAGCUCAUCUGGGAUCUCGGACAGGUUCACACGAAUCCUCAAGCACGUCCUGACGCAGAGGAGUUACUACCCGCUGUACCCCCCCUCGGAGGAGCUGAAUGUCGACUACGAGAGCUUCUACAGCUACGCCUCGUUACCCGUCACCCCGGACGUCCUCGUCGCCCCCUCAGAGCUGCGGUACUUCGUUAAGGACGUGCUGGGCUGCGUCUGCAUCAAUCCCGGCCGGCUGACGAAGGGCCAGGUCGGGGGGACCUACGGCCGCCUGUACCUACAGCGGGAGGACGCUCAGGGCGAGCGGAAGAGCCCGUGUGUUGCCGCUCAAGUCGUUAAGAUCUGACUCGUCAGGAGAGAGACUUAUUUCUUUGAGCCUUCUACAGUUUAAUUUCUUCACGGGAGCAGAUUGGUGUUAAAAGACGCUUUGAAUUUUGGUUAAAAAAAACCCACCCGAAACGCUUGUGUUUGUCCCCUGACCCCGUUUCGCGGGGUGACGACUCUGCGCCGCGCCCCGGCUGCUCCUGGAGCACCCCAAAGUGGUGGGUCUGCACUCCGUGGAUGGGGCAGAGACACACCCCCAACAGUCGCUAAUUAGUUGAUUAACGAUAAGCAGGAGGCAGCAGGGAGCGGAGGUUUGGAGCGAUUCUCACAGGUGGGGUUUCGCUCGACCUCCAUCAGCAGCGACACGCUGCUUUUUGGGCUGCGGAUGGGCGAUUUGGGGUCGCUCGUUAGCGGGUCCCCUGCAUCUUCCCCUCCUGCUCAUUAGGUAACGAAGAUGAGCCUCCAGCUGGAUUUACCUGUGGAACAGGGGAAUCCUGGUGCGGAACGGGGAAUCUCCGAGUGCGGUGGGGCCGAGAUCCUCUGCCGGGGCACCGGCGUCCCGGAUUCACCUCCUCGGUGAUGUCACUUGGGUUCAGCUUCCUCAUUAUGGGACUCUGAGUUUAAUUAGUCCGAAAGCAAUUAAUUUAGAGGUACCCGGGGGGGCUGUGCUGCUGGUUCAUCGGCUUUGGUGAAAGAUGCCGCAGCUCCUGGCUCGGCGGUGGGCGAAAAACCAGCGUCGGGUUUGGGUUUGAAGCAGCUUUCAGCCACUUUUUGCCUCAAAUUUGUGUCAAGGAAGCAGAAAAUUAAUUAAAAUCCCCCCUCUCCCCUCGGCUCUGGCUCUCCCGGUGUUUGUUCCGCUCCGAUACCGCCAUUUUUGCUGGAAAAAAGGUAAAUCCGAUGUGAAGAAAGGGAAUGAGUUUCGUAACUCCCUGCCGCGGGGUAGUUACAGGCGUCGGGAGGCUGGGAAAUAACCUCGUCAGGCGGCGCUGAGCUGCUGUGCGUCUCCCUUCGUUAAUUUUCCACUUAAUUACCUGCCUGGCCUUAUUACAGACUCCCUCUAGAAGCGGCGUGUUUAUCUUCUCUCACCCUUUAAAUCCUGUGUGGGCGUUAGGGCACAUUUAGGGUAAAACCAGGGGAAAACGGGAUCCGGGGAGGAAGAUUCCCUUGCGAUUUUUGAUUUUCCUGGCCAGGAUUUGCCAGAAACAGCUCCGUUUUCUCCCCAAAUAUCAGUGAAAGCAGCUGGGCAGCGUCGUGGACUUCUCCCACUGUCACAUCUUGGUUCCUCCUCUGAUCUGUCGA